AUGCUUGUGUAUUUGGGAUCUAGUUUCAUCCAGGAAGCUUUACGCAGAGCCAGAGAGCUGACAGACACCGCGUACGCUCACACCAAUGACAGGGUGAAGACGUCCGUAUCAGACGGUUCUGUCCGACCCAGUGACCUGCUGGCCUUGUUCAAACAAACCGGCCCCAAAACCAGAACCCACGUCAGAUCCGCUGAGUUUCUGGAUAAUACGGUAGAGCUGAUUAGAGAGAUGGUUUACACACACUCCAUGGACAAACCCGACCUCACCGAGCUUUUAAGUGCAGAAGACAAGGAGACCAUACUGCAGCUUACAGGCUGUUCCUCAGAGACACUGAGACCCGUGUGUAAAUCUGACUGUCUGUCCAAACGCUACCGUACCAUCACAGGACACUGCAACAACAGAGAAAACCCUCAAUGGGGGGCAGCAAAUACCCCUUACGCCCGCUGGCUGUCGCCGGAGUACGAGGACCCUCGAGGGGCCCCCAGGGGCUGGAACCCACAACACACCUACCACAACCACACACUACCACCUGUCCGCAGUGUGUCGCAGGAGGUUUUGUACACUCAUAAUGAGAACAUCUCUCUGGACAUGUCUCUGUCUCAUCUGCUGGUGGAGUGGGGUCAGUGGAUCGAUCAUGACCUGACCUUGACUCCUCAGAGCCCCAGCACUGCAGCCUUUAAGACUGGAGCGGACUGCACACGCACCUGCAGCAGAGACACGCCAUGUUUUCCAAUACAGAUCCCUCUCUCCGAUCCUCGCACAGGGACUCAGAGCUGCAUGCCGUUUUUCCGCUCUGCUCCCAGCUGUACGGUUCCACUCGGUCACCGGGAGCAGCUGAACGCUAUAACAGCAUUCGUGGACGCCAGCAUGGUGUACGGGAGCUCAGAUGGGCUCAGUGCGGCCCUCAGAAACCUCUCGUCUCCUCUCGGCCUGCUUGCCGUCAACCAGUUCCACUCAGACCAAGGGCUCGGCUUCAUGCCCUUCCUGACCCGCACGCAGAUGAACCUGGACCCCUGUGGCCCACGAGAGCGGAUCGACCCCAUCCCGCUAUCAGAGACAGCGCAAAGACUCAACAUAUCCAUGGGGAACAGAUCGUUCUGUUUCCAAGCAGGUGACUCUCGGGCCAAUGAGCACUUGGGUAUGAUCACUUUGCACACCCUCUUUCUGAGAGAACACAACCGAUUGGCUGAGGAGCUUCACAUGCUCAACCCUCACUGGAGCCCGGACACGCUGUACCAGGAGGCCAGAAAAAUACUGGGCGCAGUCCACCAGAUCUUGACAUGGGAUCACUACUUGCCCCGGGUCCUGGGCCGCAGUGCUAACCUGGCCCUCAUGCCCCCGUACGAAGGUUACGACCCCACGGCUGACCCCAGCAUCUCCAACAUUUUCUCCACCGCUGCCUUUCGGUUUGCACACGUGACCGUGCAUCCGGUUGUGAACCGCCUCGGACCCGAUUACCGGUUGAGCCCUGAGCACCCGGCUCUGCCGUUACACCACUCUUUGUUUGCAUCCUGGAGAGUCGUGCAAGAGGGUGGCAUUGAUCCUGUGCUGCGUGGUUUGCUGUUGUCCCCGGCUAAACUGCAGACGGCAGAUCAGAUGAUGGUGGAGGAGCUGACCGAGAGGCUCUUCCAGGCUCAGGGAGGGCUGCCGCUCGACCUGGCGGCGUUAAACCUGCAGCGGGGACGAGAUCACGGCCUACAAGGUUACAGUGCGUGGCGAGAGCUCUGCGGUCUCUCGGCGCCUGUGAACGAGACUGAUUUAGCAGGCAUUCUGGGUAAUGGAGUUCUGGCCAGGAAGCUGCUGAAUCUCUAUGGAACAGCUAAGAACAUAGACGUGUGGGUCGGGGCCAUUUCAGAGCCGGCUCUGCCCGGGGGCCGCGUGGGGCCGCUGCUGGCCUGCCUGAUCGCCAAACAGUUCAAAGCGCUCCAAGACGGUGACAGGUUCUGGUGGCAGAAUGAAGGUGUGUUCAGCUCCGCUCAGAGAGACGCUCUGCGCACCACAUCUCUGUCCCGCAUCAUCUGUGACAACACACACAUCCGGCUGGUGCCCUUUGACCCCUUCGCGCACACACUCCACCCCGACGACCUGCUGCCCUGCGCACGCAUCGGCCACAUGAACCUCUCAGCGUGGAGAGAACCUGACACCGACCCGGUCUGUGGCACGGUCCCGCGGCUGAGUCUGGGUUUCUCUGUUCUGUGUGAAUCUGAGGUGAUGUAUCAGUGUCCUACUGGAUACCUGCUCCAGGGAGCCACGCAAAUCACCUGUGACCCCAACACCCACCAGUGGACCCCACAACCGCCCACCUGCCAAGAUAUUGAUGAAUGUUCUGCGCAUCCGUCCGUCUGCCCUCCGCACCUGCAGUGCUUGAACACACCUGGAGGUCACACCUGCACAGAACCUGCAGCUCCGCCCCUUUCCGCCUCUUCCAUUGUUGCGUCAGUGAUGUCAGUCCUAGGGGGCGUGGCUUUGAUAGUGCUCCUCCUCGCGUGCUACCAAAGACUUAUCCUUCGGAGAGCCGAGCCGCUGAAGGCAGAAUGCUGUCAGAGAAGAAGCUGAAAUGCAGUCGAGGGAAAAUGUGCAGAUUUGGCCCCAGUUGGUCUGUGUUUACAUGCUCAAUAUUCCAGUUUCAUAACCACAGUCUGAUUUCACAACCUGAAACACCGGACGGAAACACACAUAAAUGAAAACGUGUGAGAACAUGAAUGGAAACAUUUUUGACAUUUCUCCCAGUUCUCGCCCUUUUGUCUGUGCUGAAACACAGCAUCGGUCCUCCCACGGCUGAUGUACAAAAACCCUUGCUUUAAUGCAUACUUUUUAGCCAUGUUGUUAAAAGGUCAGUACGAUUUUUUUUUUUUAAAGAAAUUAAUACUUUUCUUCAGCAAGUAUACAUUAAAUUGU